AUGAAACAUUUUCUUGCUUCUUUGUGUCUUCUGGGAGCUUUUCUACGUGCCUUGGCUCAGUGCACUGCCCCAGCCUCAGAGUUUCAGCUGGACGGAGAAUAUCUGAUAGGUGGACUUUUUGAUAUUCAUCAUAGUGUCACCGUUUAUCAUGACAGACCCGAAGCCAUCGACUGCUCCAGUCAACCCUUCAUUCUGUCAAGUUAUCGGAGGUUUCAGUUGAUGAGAUUCUCUGUAGAGGAAAUCAAUAACUCCACCAUCCUCCUGCCUAAUGUAUCUCUGGGCUAUGAGAUAUUUGAUCACUGUUCAGAUACACACAAUUUUCCAGGCAUUUUAAAACUCCUCUCAGUCGACAGCUUGAUUCAACCUUGGGGUGACCCACACAAGAAUCUGUCUAAAGUGAUGGCCCUGGUCGGCCCUUUUUCAAGCACCGACACCGUAACUAUAGCGCCACUGUUCAUGAUGGAUCUCAUUCCAAUGGUCAGUUAUGGAGCUGCUUUCUCCGCCCUUGAAGCAAAAGAAAGAUUUCCCUCUUUCCUACGAACAGUGCAUUCCAAUAAAGACGUCAUUGAAGUGAUUGUUAACAUUGUGCAACACUUCAACUGGCGCUGGGUUGCUUUUCUUAACAGUGAUAACACUUUUGGCGAAGAUGGCCGGGAUGUGUUCAUAAAGAGGAUUAAAGACACUGAGAUUUGUCUGGCAUACACCAAAGGAAUCAACAACAAUACAGAUAUGUCCCUAAUGUUCAAAGAUAUAGAGGCACACGGGAUAAACGUAAUAAUUGUUUUUGCUCCAAAAUUGAAUGCUGAGGCUCUCAUUGAAUCAGCAAUAAAGCUAAAUGUCACCAACAAGGUGUGGAUAGCAGGGGACACCUGGUCCUUAAACAAGAAGCUCCCCAAAGAGAGAGGAAUCAAGCAAAUUGGGACUGUACUUGGAGUGUCUCAGCCAGUAGUGACAAUACCUGGUUUCAGUGAUUUUAUCUAUUCUUCCAAAAGCCAGAGCUAUUGUGAAAAUGCAGAACAAGAUAUGUUGUGUAAUCAGGUUUGCAACUGCAGCAGCUUGAGUGCAGAAGAAAUCCUUGCUGUGGACCCAUCUUAUUCUUUUCCUGUUUAUUCUGCUGUACAUGCCAUCGCUCAUGCCUUACACAAUGCCUUGAGAUGUGGAGUUGAUAAAUGUAAUGGCAAUAUUACAGUGUACCCAUAUAUGGUUCUAGCAGAGCUGAAGAAGUCA